UCCUGCCCAGGAUCGAAACCGAGGCUCCUGCAUUGGCAAGUGGGUACCGCUGAACCACCAGGGAAGCCCCAGGAUACAUGAGCAGCUGUGGCGUGUGCCUGAUUCUUCGCAACUCCAGCCUUUAAGAGAGCUGUGCCUUGUCCACAUGCUGCUGUCUCCAUUGGCUGAAACCUGAACAAGUCUUGACCUGAUGACAAGGUUCUAGAGGAUAAAAGCAUCACAAGAUGACAAGACAGGAGAAUCCGGAUCCCUGACUUGCCAUGUGGAACAGAGUUACUACCAACCAGGCUAAAAGGAUGUCUCCAAUGGCAGAGAAUGACUUAACACGUGAAGAGAAACAAAGACAGUCAAGGGGCACUAUGAACGAAGAGGAGCAGUUUGUAAGCAUUGAUUUGAAUGAUGACAACAUCUGCAGUGUUUGUAAACUGGGAACAGACAAAGAAACACUCUCCUUCUGCCACGUUUGUUUUGAGCUAAAUAUUGACGGUAAGGACACAGGAUAGAUUCAUUUUAUGCCGUGAAAUUUACAGAACUACUUCAUGCUGAACUCUGGUU